AUGACUUCAAGUGCUGCCGUCGGGUAUGCGCGCAUGGUCCCCGACAUGCAGAUGCAUGUGAGUCAUUGCAAUGUCGGAUUACGGUUUACUUACUCACGCUUUUUGGUUUUUUUUGCAUUGCAGGUUUUCGUUUGCAUCUUAGCUGUGGUGGCCACAGCUCAAGCAGGUUUCCUGGGCCUUGGCGGUGGCGGCGGCGGCGGAGGCUACUCUUAUGGUGGCGGUGACGGCGGUCACGGUGGACAUGGUGGUUUUGAUGGUGGUCAUGGCGGUCACGGAGGUCACGGCGGCGGCGGCGAAGUGAAAAUUAUCAAGAUCAUUAGCGAUGGCGGAGAUGGUGGUCAUGGUGGACAUGGCGGACACGGUGGCUUCGAUGGCGGCUACGGUGGCGGUCAUGGCGGACAUGGUGGUCAUGGCGGUCACGGUGAUGGCGGCUUCAAUGGUGGAUUCGGAACCAGCGGUGAAUUGAAAAUCGUGAAAGUCAUCAGCGGAGGCGGCGGCGGCGGCGGUCAUGGAGGAUACAGCGGCGGCGGUCAUGGUGGUUACAGCGGCGGCGGUCAUGGCGGUCACGGUGGAUACAGCGUCGGUGGCGGUCAUGGCGGACACGGUGGCGAUGUUAAAAUCAUCAAGGUCGUGCAUGAGGAAGGCGGCGCUGGUGGCUUCGAUGGCGGUUACGGAGGCGGUCAUGGCGGUCAUGGUGGUUUCGAUGGCGGCUACGGCGGCGGUCAUGGCGGACAUGGUGGUCAUGGUGAUCACGGCGCUGGCGGUGAAGUUAAAAUCAUCAAGGUCAUCAGUGAAGGCGGCGCUGGCGGUUAUGGCGGUGAUGCCGGCGGUUAUGGCGGUGGUUAUGGCGGUGGUGCUGGCGGCGGCCUCGGCGGCGGCGGUGGCGGCUACGGAGGUGGUGGCUACAGCGGUGGCGGCGGCUACAGUGGUGGCGGCGGCUAUGGCGGUGGUGGCUACGGCGGUUCCAAUGUACAAGUCAUUAAAGUUAUUGCCUCCGGAGGUAGCGGAGGUGGCUACAGUGGUGGCGGCGGCUACGGCGGUGGUGGCGGCUACAGUGGUGGUGGUGGCUACAGCGGUGGUGGUUGGAGUGGAGGCCAUUCUGGCGGCUACAGUGGAGGUGGUGGCUACAGCGGUGGUGGCGGCUACGGCGGUGGUGGUCAUUCCGGCGGUGUCCAAGUCAUUAAAGUAAUCGCGGCAGGCGGUCAUGGCGGCGGCGGCUAUAGUGGUGGUGGCGGCUACAGUGGUGGUGGUGGCUACAGCGGUGGUGGUUGGAGUGGAGGCCAUUCCGGCGGCUACAGUGGAGGUGGUGGCUACGGCGGAGGUGGCGGCUACGGCGGUGGUGGUCAUUCUGGAGGCCAUGUCGAUGUAUACAAAGUUAUAUCGUUAGGAAGCUCCGGCGGCGGCGGUGGUGGCUACGGAGGUGGCUGGGGCGGUUGGGAUAGAAAGAAGUAA